CAUUAUAAACUGAGAAAAUGGUUAACAUAAAGGUAAAUGAAAUUAAAUCCCAAUGCUAAUUACAAUAGAGAAGAAAUCAAAAGUAGCAACCGCCAUCGAGGUAAAUCAAAACAGAAGAGCACGCCAAAUGGAGCAGAUAGAAAUAAAAAGAGCCAAACAAAGAAGCAGUUCAUUGGUGACAUUGAUGAAGCUCCUGAUUUCCUAAAAGACAAUGAAUAUAUCCUAACUGGAUAUCGUAUAGGGUUUAAUGAUUUUAAAUCAGCCAUAAAAUCUCUCUUCAUGUAUCAUAAUGAGACCACCAACGUCUGGACUCAUUUCAUUGGUGUCAUGCUCUUUUUUGGACUUAUGUUAUAUAUCUGAACCUUUACCAAUCUUGAUCUUUAUUCUGCAAGGCAAGAAAUAGUAGAUAAUUUUGGGGAAACAAUUGAUGACGCAUUAGAAAAUCAAGACCACGAAUGACUUGAUCAUUCUUUGAAGUUGUCUGAACAGAUUAGAAAUAAUCUUCCUCCAUGUACGCUCUACGAUCGGAUCUAUGCAAACUCUAUCGAUCUCUGGCAUCAGGAAGUCGAAGUUAAAGGAUUUGAAUACUUCUCUAAAAAUUCUUGUCUUGAUCCUUAUUUGGAAGAGAGGAAAAAGAUUGAGACUACCUCUUCAUUAUCCAGAUUUAUGCUAUUAGAAAGAGACCCUUAUCAGGAAGUAGUGAGGCAAAUAGAGUAUUUUUUCCAUACAGAGGCUGAUACAAUAGAAGACCUUACUAAUAAAUACAAUCUAGAACCUGAUAUGGUCAUCGAAGUAGUGAAUUCCAUCUCCCAUUACUGACAGGAAAGGAUCAAUUCUGAGUUAUCAACAUGAUUAAAAUCAGAGGAACAAAAUCCUAGAUUCUCGAAAGAUUAUUAUGAAUCUCAACUUGUUGAAAAUAUGAAGUUGACAUAUCAAAAUCUUGAGAAGAUAGUUGCUAAUCACUUUGACGAAUUUAUUAAGAGGAUGAUUAUUCAAUAUAAGCUCCACUCGUUCCAGAAUUACUUUAACACUAAUGAGAUCUAUGAAAGCAAGGAUCACCAUAAUACUCAAAUGGAGGUUUCUAUAAUUCCUCUAGUGCUGCAUAUGAUUGCAGCGAUGACUUGUCUAGGACUCAGCUCAGUCUUCCAUCUAUUCUGAUGCCACUCAGAGCAUUGCCACACAGUACUUUCGAGGCUAGAUUAUGGAGGAAUUGUUAUCUUGAUAGGGGGCAGCACCAUUCCUCCAUUUAUUUAUGGAUUCUAUUGAGGCAGAUUAUGGUAUUUUGGAGUAUUUUAUACAGUUGCAAUUGAUUCUAUAUGCCUAGUAGCCUUCAUCUGUAGCUUACUGCCAGCUUUUGACCAGCCAAGAUAUAGAAAUAUUAGAGCUGUAUUGUUCGUUUUGGUAGGUUUAUUCUCUGGAUUACCAGGAUUACACGCUGCUUUAUUUAGAGAUCCUUUUAUUACCCCACCUAUGACAAUUUCUCUUUGGGCUCUCGGUGGAGCUGUGUAUGUUAGUGGAGCCUUUAUAUACGCAUUCAGAUUCCCUGAAAAGUUCUUCCCUGGAAAGUUCUGUAAAUUUGGCAACUCUCAUAAUAUCUGGCAUUGAUUUGUAUUGGCUGGAGCUAUAAUCCACUUCUUCGCGUCACUCAACGACUAUCAUGUGAGAGUAAUGUUCCCUUGUCCACCUGAAUAAUAGAUUUCAAUGCCUCUAGACUAGAGU